CUUGAGUUGAGCGCUAACCCAAAUUGCGACAGCACGCGCGUUACGUGCGCGCGCACGCACAUGAAUCGUCAGCACUCUGCUGGCUAGAGAUUCUUUAGAGGAGACAACUGGUUUCCUUCACAUAUUUAUUUGGUGAGGUUUAGUCCUCAAGACAGAAUGGCAGACACAAAGCAUCUUGCGUUCUCCAUCAUUCAGUUUCUCCAUGAUCAGCUGUCUUCUGGGAGUUUGUCAUCAGAUGCUCAAGAAAGCUUAGAAGUUGCCAUCCAGUGCCUGGAGACGGCAUUUGGUGUCUCUGUAGAGGACCAGAGUUUAGCAGUCAGUCAGUCUCUGCCAGAGAUAUUUGCCACUGCAACCAAACAGACACCUCAAGUUAAGACCAACCCAUCCUCUGGUUCACCUUCAGAGGAGCAGUUAGCAGAGGCAGAGCGUCUUAAAACAGAUGGUAACGAUCAGAUGAAGGUAGAGAACUUUAGUGCAGCCGUUGAGUUCUACUCUAAAGCCAUCCAGCUGAAUCCUCAAAAUGCUGUCUACUUUUGCAACAGAGCUGCAGCCUACAGCAAACUGGGAAACUAUGCUGGAGCCGUUCAAGACUGUGAACGAGCCAUUGGAAUCGAUCCAAACUACAGUAAAGCGUAUGGGAGGAUGGGGCUUGCUCUUGCAAGUUUGAACAAAUACUCAGAGGCUGUGAGCUACUACAAGAAAGCGAUGGAGCUGGACCCUGACAACGACACUUACAAAGCCAACCUGCAAAUAGCAGAACAGAAGAUGAAGGAGGGACAGCCCAGCCCAGCAGGGGGUUUGGGUGGAGUUGACCUGGCCGGUUUGCUGAGUAACCCUGGUUUCAUGAGCAUGGCAUCUAAUUUAAUGAACAACCCGCAAGUGCAGCAAAUGAUGUCAGGUAUGAUGUCUGGGGCUUACGGUCCUAUGGGAGGAGCCACCUCGCCAGGAGCAGCAGCGGGAGCUGGAGCAGGAGGUGCAGGUGCUCCAGGUGGUCCCAAUGAUCUCUCCAGCCUCAUACAGGCUGGUCAGCAGUUUGCCCAGCAAAUGCAGCAGCAGAACCCUGAGCUUAUAGAGCAGUUGAGGAGUCAAAUACGCAGUCGACCUCCCAGUAGUGCUGGCAGUGACGAACACUGACAACUCCCUAUGAGUUUUAUUCUGGACAUGGUGGACCUUUGGAAGAUGGGCUACUUUUUUAUUUUUUAAGAUACACCUUGUACCUUCAACUCUAGGGACGAGACAGAAUUUCUUCAUCUAUAAAAACUGCAUGAGUUCCCACUGCCCCACAUUGCCCUGCCGGUUGGAAGAGGUCAUCAGUGCACAUGUACACAUCAUAAUUGGGCACUGGACUCCAGCAAAUGUUUAUCAAUGAAAUAUCACAUUGGGUUAACACUAUAUUACCAAGUAAUAAUCCAUGUUACUGGACUGAGAUUAAUGAAGCACUGCUACAUGGACAUAAUGCAGAUUUGCUGUAACACCUCAGUGAUUCACUUGUCCAAUGACAAGUCUCUGUCUAAACAGGAAGGGGUUGACAAGGAACAUGUGCAAACUCAACAUUGACAAUUAAAUGUCAGAUUUCAAA